UUUGCUCUGACUUGUGACCAGCACACCAGCACAAUGGGCAAGCGACGACGCGUAGAGGUUUCACCCGAAGACACGAUCGUGGAGGACACGACAGAACAGGACUUGCUCGACAAAGAGAACGAUAUUUGGCUGGCAUUCAAGGAUGAGCAUGUCGAAGUAUUUGACCUCCAAUCAUCGCUCCCCAGAAAGUAUGGCCUAGUACGCGAGCUUGCCGUUCAAGACGAAGAGCAAGGCGAAACCCUCCUCACUUCUCUCAUGAAAUAUAUCGAACUGCGUCGAACAGAACCGUCCCAUACUUGUCGUGACGGCCUUGCCCAAAUCGCUCAGUUGGCUGAGACAUGGAUUCACACUCGUGAGGAGAAAGUGAAUCAGACGAGAGCGGCAUUUGAACUGGUCGAGCGAUGUGUGCGUCUCAUUGACCAUGCGAUCACUGAACAAGACCAUGCGAUUAAGCUUGGUACUCGACCUGGCACCCAUUUUGCCCCACCACUUCAGCCAGAGCUGGUCAUUCCAAGAUGGGCAAAACCUCCCCGCGUGUCGCUCAGCCCCGACCUCGAUGAAGCUCUUGGUGGCACACCACAACCACUUGAACCAGCUCGCAAAAAAGGCCGGAAACGGGGGAGAAAGAAGGCUGAGAGUUUCUCCCCUCAGCCCCGUCCAGAUCCUCCCUAUAUUCCAAAUCCCGAUCCCAACGAGAAACGCUACUGUUACUGCGACCAAGUGUCGUUCGGCGAGAUGAUCGCUUGUGACGACGCUCGAUGUCAGCGAGAAUGGUUCCACCUAUCUUGUACGUCGCUUAAGGCGCCGCCAGAAGGAAGAAAGAAGUGGUUCUGCGAUGAAUGCAUGCUCCGGAAAAAGCAACGCAAGGGUUAA